AUGGAGUAAUUAAAACUAGAAGACCCUUUAACAUACACCUUUUUAAAGCCAAAUAAAAAGGCUUAUUUAUACUUUCCUAAGGAAAAAGAUUAGUACAUUGGAGAAGGAAAAAAAUUAAUGAGAUUAUUUUUUGAUGGACCCGUCACAAUAACUCAAUUUGAAAAGGAAGAAUACGAAAAGUUUGAAAAAUAACUGAUAGAUAGUGGAGAUGAAUAAAAGCAUUUGUAGGAUAAAUAGGUUUGGACAAAAUCAAAUAAGAUGCGCUUUUUAUAAGCAAGCGGAUGGAAAUAUAAUGUUGCAAUAAAUAAUAUAAGCUAGCAUAAUGAUUGGAGAAAAAGUAGCUUACCUAUUAAAUUAGAUGAUGAAAUUAUCUAAUUUUUGUAAUCAGGUAUUCUCUACUUGCACGGUCGUGAUAACAGAAAUAGACCUAUUAUGGUUUUAAAUGCAUAUAAAAUAGAUACUAAAAAAAUGAGUGAAGAUAGUCUUAUCAAAGGUGUUUCCUUUUUCUUAGAGGUCGUCGUUAAUAAUAUGUUAUUACCAGGAUAAAUUGAAAAUUGGGUUAUUAUUCUAGACUUCAACUAAAUGGGACUCUUUUCAUUCCCUGUGAUGUCAUUUAAAAAGAUGAUUGGAUUUUUAUAAUCUAAUUACAGAGCUAGAAUGUAUAAGCUAUAUUGUGUAAAUACUCCUAAUUCUAUUUGGGUACCUUGGAAAGCUGUUUAGAUUUUCUUAGAAGAGAACACUAUUUAAAAAGUGAACUUUUCUAAAUAAAAUACUCCAACAGAUCUUUUUAAGCAUUGUAAUAAAUCACAAGUUGAAGCUAAAUUUGGUGGAAGUGCUGCUGAUCUUAAAGAAUUUUCAUGGCCUCCAAAAGUUAUAUAAGGAGAAACUUGUGCUGAAGGAGAAAAUGAAAGUGAUUUUUUAAUAACAGUAGAAGAAUACAAAAAAAAAUAUUAAAAUAAAGAGCUAUAGGGUUGCGAAAUUUGUUAAGAGUAUAUUAAAUGA